AUGGAGGUGUCCUCUGUGCUUCACUGCCAGGGAUGUGCCCCAAGGCAGGGGUUUCUGCUCACAGCCUUCCUUUUAACCUACUGGCACCUGUCCACCUCUUCCAAAGUCACCAUUGAAUUAGUGCCACCCCAAGUGGUUGAAGGAGAAGAUGUCCUAUUCCUUGUCCACAAACUGCCAGAAAAUCUUACGUCCUUAGGCUGGUUCAAAGGGAAGACAGUUAUAAAUUGUGGAAUUUUAAUUUAUGAAACAAGCACAAAAGUAAGUGUGAUGGGGCCCAGGUACAGUUCUAGAGAGACCUUGUACAGAAAUGGGUCCCUGUUGAUCCACAAUGUCACCCAGAAGGACAUAGGAUUCUACACCCUACGAACUUUAAAUAGACAUGGACGUAUUGUGUCAACAUCUACAUUCCUCCACGUGAACCUCUUCCUUUGGAACUGUGGACGCCUUGUUGCCUCUGCUCAACCCAGUAUUGAAACAUUGCCACCUAUUGUUCCUGAUGGGAAAGAUGUUUUUGUACAGGUUCGCAAUCUCCCAGAUAAUAUUCUAGGCUUUGCGUGGUUCAGAGGAAUGACCCAAGUCAGGAAACAUCUGAUUGCCCGAUACAUAAUAGAUGAAAAAUCAAGUUUUUCAUUUGGGCCUGCAUACAGUGGUAGAGAGAGACUGUAUACUGAUGGAUCCCUGAUGAUCAAAAAUGUCACUCAGAAGGAUGCUGGAUUGUACACCCUAGGAAUUCUGGGCACAGAUAUGAAGAGUGAAGAAGGACAUGUAGAAAUCCAGGUGGAGAGUCUGGUUUUUCAGUGCUGUAACUCUCUGACUUCUGCCAAAUUCAUUGUUGAGUCCGUGCCGAGGUAUGCUGUUGAAGGGGGAAGUAUUUUUCUCCUCGUUCAUUAUCUGCCAGAAGAGCUGAUAUCCUUCUCCUGGUACUACUCAAUAUAUACAGUCCCAGCCUUUAAAAUUGUAGACUACCAUGUAAUCAGGAAUAUCACCACCUGGAGUGAUGCAUACAGAGGAAGAGGGAUGGUGUAUGCCAGUGGAUCUCUACAGCUCCUGAAUGUCACUGAGGAAGAUGCAAGGAUGUACACACUAGAAAUUUUAAAUACAAAUAACAAGGUUGAAAGAGCACACGUGCAGUUUUAUGUAAACAAGAUGGUGACAGUGCCCUUCAUUCGAAUCACCGACACCACAGUCAAUGCACACAGAUCUGUGACCUUCUCCUGUGUUUCACCUGACAUUGGACUUUCCUUCCGUUGGUUCUUUAAUAACCACAAUCUGCAGCCUACAGAUAGGAUAAAGCUGUCUCCAUCAAAGUGUGGAGUCAGAAUAGAUGAUGUCAGAUUUGAGGAUGCUGGACAGUACGAGUGUGUGGUCAUGAACCGAGCUGGUAUAGGAGUGGGCAGUCAUCCAGUCAGGUGGCCUUGA